UCAGUGUGGAUUUGAGGUGAUUGAAACAAGAUGGAUCAUUCUCUGUUUGGCUGCCUGCGGAACCCACAUGCUCCGGCUCAGACUCUCCACCCGGCUUUUACCCAGUCCUCGCUGGCAUUGCAUGGCCGCUCAGAUCACGUCUCCUACCCUGAUUUGCCAGGAACCUCACCGCCGUGCAGCUACACAGGAGAGGAGGGAAGUUUUGGAGCACUUCAUGCACGCAACCAUCCUUCUCAUCAACUGCCCCAUCAACAACACCAUCAGCCCACCUGGCAUAUCCAGCAGAUGCCCUCACCUGGCAGCACUCGUCACGCCGCAUGCCUUCCUCACCCCGACACUCCUGCCACAGAGCUGUGCACGUCUGGAGGAACAGCGAGUCAGAAUAUGUGCACAGCAAACACGGGCCUAGGAAACACUGACCCAGCGGGAGCAGUGUGUGGGUCUGGGGACUACGGGCGGCAAACAAUGUCACCCAUCGAAGCAGAGAGAAGGAACAGUAAAGGAAAGAGUGACAACUCGGAUUCCCAAGACGGGAGCUAUAAGUCAGACGUGAGCAGUAAGCCCAGGAAGGAGCGCACAGCGUUCACCAAGGAGCAGAUCCGGGAACUGGAGUCGGAGUUUGCCCACCACAACUAUCUGACACGGCUAAGACGUUACGAAAUUGCUGUCAACCUUGACCUCACAGAGAGACAAGUGAAAGUGUGGUUUCAGAACAGAAGGAUGAAGUGGAAGCGAGUGAAAGGAGGACAGCAGGGAGCUGCAGCGCGAGAGAAAGAACUGGUGAACGUGAAGAAAGGAACCCUGUUGCCCUCCGAGUUUGCAGGCAUGGUGGGUCUGCAUCACCCUGCAGGCUCCCCCACCAAUGAGGAUGACAGUCAUGACAGUGACCAGAGCUCUGAGCAUGCUCACUUAUGACCUUCUGGAAACUUACACCUGAACCUUACAGUUUUCCUCAGGAAUCUACAACUCUUUGAAUUAUAGGCCUUGAAAACUAGGGCCAAUUUUUAGCAUUUACUCAAAAUCUGAAACAUCUUUGAGAUGGAAAGACUGGACAUAUAAAGAAAAAAGACUGAGAUUAUAGCUGAAGAUAAAUGACUGCAAGUUUUUGUUUGUUUUUUUUGUUUGUUUUUUACUUGCGAGCUGUGGAUUUUGUAAAUAAA